CUGUUAAAUUAUAAAAGGUACGGUUCUUUCCUCAACGAUUCAUUUUUUGAUGUUGACGAACACACCGGAAUAAUUAGGCAAAUUUCUAAACUCGAUCGAGAAGGAGUCUGCGUUGGAGCCACUUACUACAAUUCGUGUGCCAUUUCACUGGAAAUAUUUUUAACGACGGAAAACCACCAAAAAUUGACCUUAAGACAAUUCUUGAAGGUCACAAUCGAGUUGCUUGAUGUCAAUGAUCAUUCACCAAUUUUUCGCGUAAGUUCAAUUCCGUACCGAGUGGCUAUUUCAGAGCUAGCGCCAGUCGGUAGCGGCGUUUCGUUACCGCUUGCUGAAGACAAGGACGUCGGUAAGUAUGGCAUUCAGCAAUAUCAACUUGAAAAUUUUUCAACUGAUCACGAAAAAUUGUUUGAGUUGGAUGCUCAGAAAACGUUAAAUAAUGACGCUAUAGUUGGCUUAGUGUUGAGAGUGAUUUCAACAUUGGAUCGUGAGAAAGAAGAUUGUUAUAGUUUAAUCAUAAAGGUAGUGGACGGCGGAAACCCAUCUCUAUCGGCAGAGUUGUUGGUUGAGAUCACAAUUCUAGAUUUUAACGAUAAUUCGCCAAAAUUUGAG